AUGGUCAAAUUAACUCAAGUCGACGACGAGACCGUCGUUUCCGAGGAGAAGAAAGUCAACUUGGAUGUUGCUGAGCAGAGUGACUCUGAGUCCGAGUCUGAUUUCGAGGAUGACUUUGACAUCGAAAACGAAACCUUGUAUGACAGAAUCGUUGCCUUGAAGGAUAUCGUUCCACCAGAGAGAAGAUCGCAAUUGUUUAAAUUGGCUGAGAAGGCCAAGAGCUACGCCUCCACCGGUCUUACAACGUCUGGCUCCUUAUUGUGGACUCUCACCUCGACUGGUUUGUUAUUGGGAUUUCCAUUUUUCAUUGCUCUCUUCUCUGAGAUGCAACUCCAGGAGAUGGAGAAGGGUGUGGCCAUGCAACAAUCCUCUCAGGACUUGAUUGCCUCUGGCGCUGACCCACUUUCCUCUGAGGGCAACAAGGAGAAGAAGUAA